ACCAACUCUGAGGUCGGUUGAACCGCACGCGCGCCGGCUCCGCAUUCACGUAAACAUUUACGUAUAACAAUAACUUUUAGGGAAACAUUUCAACAAUAUUCCAGUUGGACUACACACGUUUCUCAUCGCGCGUUAUCGCGAGUUUACCUUAAAAAGAAGUUUGAUUAAUUGAAAAAUUGGACAUUGCAGUUCGCGCCGUCGUUUGUUUUGAUUAGGAAACAUCGCGUUUCGCCGGUCAUCUAUCACAGAAAUCUGGAAGCUGUCUUCUACUUUCUCUCUGGCGUAACCUGGUGGGCGCGCGGCCGCUGGCGGCGACGCGUCGGCGCGCGCGACUGCAAGCGGUCGCCUCCGCCCGACCAUGCGCGAGCGCGCCGAGUGCGCAGUCCGACCCCGCCGCGCCGCCCGACCGCGCGCAUCAUGCUCAACAUGAAGCUCAAGGAGCGCCUCGCGCUCGCCAUCAGCGCCUUCCUCGUCCUCUUCACCCUCAUGCUGAUCGUCGACAUUCAGAUGGACUAUGGCAUCUCCGGGCAGAGGGUCCCGCUGCAUGGCCGCGUCAAGAUCGGCGAUGACACCGACAAGGGGAAGUCGGCAUAUAUUGAAUUUCGGAAACGGUUUUUGCAAAAAAGUAACGGCAGCAAUAGUUCCCGAGAGUACGAGCCGAGCGAGACGAGCGGCAGCGGCGCCGACGCCGAGCCGCGGACGCCGGCGCCGCCCGUCGACAAAUAUGAGGAUCUGCAGCGCAUCGUCGAGUCGCAGCGGCUAGGAGCCGACAGCCAUGCGGUCGUCAUACCGCCGCAGAAGGACCUCAAUGUGCUGCGGCCCGAGAACCCGACCAUAGGGGAGAUGGAAGACUUGGAACCUAGCGUAAACGCGUCCAACUUGGAGAAAUUCCAGCUGAAGAUAGCGCAACAUGAGCUCUACGAAGAAGGCGAGCCGCUCGUGGAUGCCGUUGUUAAGGACAUGGUCACGCUGCCUGUGCUACACGCCGAGCAAAAAGAAGGAGGGACCCAGUUGAAGCUCAUUAUUGACUACCCUAACGGUAUUCAAGCACUCUUCAAACCAAUGAGAUUCGCGAGAGAUGUGCAAACGUUGCCCAAUCAUUUUUAUUUUUCCGACUACGAAAGACACAACGCUGAAAUCGCCGCAUUCCAUCUUGACAGGAUACUGGGAUUUCGACGUGCGAUGCCAGUAGUCGGGCGCGUCCUAAAUAUGACUACAGAGAUCUACGAUGUCACCGAGGGUGACAUUUUGAAGACAUUCUUCGUCUCGCCGGCGAACAACUUCUGCUUCCACGGAAAGUGCUCGUACUAUUGCGACACUGGGCACGCCAUUUGUGGGAAUCCCGACAUGUUGGAGGGAAGCUUCGCUGCGUUCCUUCCUUCGUCCGACUUAGCUGAACGGAAGGUGUGGCGGCAUCCUUGGAGACGUUCGUAUCACAAAAGAAGAAAAGCCCAGUGGGAGUUGCAGUCAGACUACUGUGAAACGGUGAAAACUACGGGGCCAUACGACUCGGGGCGGCGAAUGCUGGACUUGAUGGACAUGGCCAUCUUCGACUUCCUCACCGGCAACAUGGAUCGACAUCACUAUGAAACUUUCAAAAUGUUCGGGAAUGAAACGUUCCCGCUGCACUUGGACCAAGGCCGCGCUUUCGGCAAGGCGUUUCACGACGAGCUGAGCAUCCUAGCGCCGCUGCUGCAGUGCUGCAUCGUGCGACAAACUACACUCGCCACACUACUCAAGUUCCACAACGGCAAACCUCUAUCAGCGUCCCUUCGCGACGCUAUGAAGGUGGACCCCGUCACGCCCGUGCUCUGGGAGCCCCACCUUGCGGCCCUGGACCGACGGACCGCCAUCAUCCUCGACGCCAUCCGCAAGUGCGUCCAGAAAGCAGACGCUCCCGUCGACAACAACGAUGUCAACGACUUCGUAUGACCGCCGAAAACACCUGUGAUGGAACUUAGUGUGAUAAAGCUGUCUAAGAAUGGUAACCAGUCUACCCCGGACUUAGGCUUAAGAUUUUAGUGCCAAAGAUUAUCCAAAUGACAUUGACAUUGGGUGAACGUUUGAAGUCCACUGACUCUGUAAGAAGCCAUUGCACAAGCCAAAAAUGCCGAUUUUUACGCAAUGACCAAUAGGUUUUACAAUUGGAAUCAGUAUUGAUUUGUAGGAAGUUUUUCUGUAUAUAUUUUAAUGGAAUUAAAUUAUUGUUAGGCUGAUUGCUGUUGGCUUGAUUGUGUUAGUUCAGGGGUCCCAGAAAUGUAUAGAUGGAAAUAUUUGACCCUUGACUGCCACAAUUUUAUGGAUGUGAUAGUAGAUAGGACAUGGCUCGCUAUUGAUAAAGAUUCUCAGGUAAAAUUCUAUGGAGAUUCUUGGGCCACACUAAUUUAAUGGGGUGAUUAUGGUAAUACAAUGCGCUGUACAUAUUAAUAGUGAAAUGCAAUAGUUUAAGUUUAGUUUUCGUUAUAGAUAUUUUGCUAUAUUUAGCUGUCGUAAUCUUCAAAAGCUGUAAGCUCAAGAAGACAGACAUAUCAUGGUGGCGGAGUAAGCUUCGUCUGAUAACGUUACGGAUUUUGUUGAAACGUUUUGAUAAGAUUGACUUUUUUUAGUGUUUAAGAGGCUAGAAUAUGCUAAUAUGAAAAAUGUUCCCUAUUUAUCAGUUUAUUUUUUAUUGUUUCUACGCAUUUUAUGAUUUGUUCCUUUUUGUUAUUUAGUUUUGCUUCUUAAUUAAUUUAUUAAAUUAAGUAUUUACUUUAAUCAAACCAUGCAAUUGAAAGCUGAAAUAAUAUUCAGUUGGGUAGAUCUCGAAGCGGCAUAGAGGAGCAUUCCAUUUGUGUCAAUAACAAUUACUAAUAUGAUCUAUUUAAGGUACAAAAAUUUAAAGUAACGAUACCAACCUUUGUACAGAGC